UUUCCGAGGGCCAGCGGGAGACGGUGCUCGCUUUUAUGGAGCCGCAUCUCCAGCUGGCUUUAAGAUCCAGCGAGCUGGGGCCGGGCUUCAGCCUUGUCGACCGACGACGGCUGUGGCAGCAGCUGGCCGACGUGCUGAACGCGGAAGGGCCCGUUGUGAAAACGGUCGACCAGUGGAGGAAGCAGCAGGUCUACGAGGCCCGCCGCGAUGCUACCGCUAUAGCCCAAGAGCAAAUAAGCACUGGAGGGGGUCGCGCACCCGGCUUCCGGGGCCGAGUGCUCCAGCUGACGGGCGCGGUCCGCUUCCGUGGCGUCACCGACCUACCCUACCAAGAGGUGCUGCGAAGGAUCGAACAAUCCAUCACCCGGCUCGCCAUCGCGGCAGAGAGGACGGCAGCGGCUCAGGAGGGCAUACUGGAGAAGGUGCGCUCCCUGGCACUAGUCGUAGCUGGCCACCUGCAACAAGAAAGGAGGAAUUAA